CAAGAUAUCUAAAUGAUCAUAUUACACAAGUAUGUGCUGAAGAUCCAAAACGAUUUGUCGGACUUGGUACACUUCCAAUGCAAUCACCUGAAUUGGCCGCACAAGAAUUAAGAAGAUGUAUAAAUGAACUUGGGUUGGUUGGUAUACAAAUCGGUACUCAUAUUAAUGAUUGGAAUCUAGAUGCCCCCGAAUUGGAACCUAUAUGGGAAUCUUGUGAAGAACUUGAGGCUGCAAUUUUUGUUCAUCCAUGGGAUAUGGAAACUAAAGGAAGAAUGGAAAAAUAUUGGUUUCCUUG